AAUAUUUAUAACAUCAUAAUUUUUUUUAAUAAAUAAAUACUCAGUAAAAAUUUAAAUGGUUACACAUGAUUAUAAUACCAAAGUCACUGAAUCCGUCCCUGUGGAAGUAAUCAAUAAUUAUAACAUUUGAUAACUUUUUUUGCUAAAAUUAUGCCAUGACAUUUUUUUUUAUAACUGCAGAAGUAUUCAUGGUACUUGAAAAUAAAGAUUAUAAUUUAUAAAUUAUAAGUAUUCAUAGAAAAAAAACACUAAUAAUUGUUUAUAAAUUAGAUUUUUUUUUAAAAUGUUUGAACCCUAUUAAUUUUUUUAUGAAAUAUUUGAAGAAACAAGAGUAGCACAUAUACCUCAAAAGUCCAAGGUUGCAACGAGAGGAGAUAGUGGUUAAAAAACCCUAGGGUUUUAGGAAGAAGAGCGAGGAGUGAAAAAAAUGAGUUUGGUUGCAGGUUCGUACGAGAAAUUCAUCUGGGGUCUCACCCUAAAGCCCCAAUCUCAAUCCCUAACCCCUCUUUUCUCCUACCCUUCCCACCUCUCUUCCAUCAAAACCGUCGCCGUCUCAGGCUCCGUCGUCGCUUCCGGCGGCGACGACGACACCAUCCACCUCUACGACCUCUCCGCCGCCUCCUCCCUCGGUUCCCUCCACCAACACUCUGCCUCCGUCACCGCCCUCUCCUUCUACGCCCCUCCCAAUCUCCCCUUCCCCCGCAACCUCAUCUCCGCCGACGCCGCUGGCUCCCUGGCCAUUUUUGACGCGGACGGCUUCGUGCAUCUUACCACGCUCUCCGUCCACCGAAACGCUGCUAUCAACGACCUCGCCCUGCACCCGUCCGGUGAGCGCGCCCUCACCGUUGCCCGUGACAACUGCCUCGCCGUCGUCAACCUCGUCCGCGGCCGCCGCAACUGCUGCUUGCGCCUCGACAAGGAAGCUACUCUGGUCAAGUUCAAUGCGUCCGGCGACCACUUUUUCAUGGCCGCGAAGGAGAAGGUUUCUGUCCACCAGACCGAGGAUGCACGCAUAUUGUUCGAAUUGGAAUGCUCCAAGCCUGUUCUCUGCGCUACUCCUGCUAGGAAUGGACUUCUUUACACGGGUGGUGAGGACAAAAGUAUAACAGCAUGGGAUAUCAAGACUGGAAAAGUUGCAUAUUGCUUGGAAGAUGCACAUACUUCCCGUGUCAAAGGUAUUGUUGUGCUCACGGAUACUGAUGGUUCUACGGGGGAUGAUGAUCCUUACCUAGUGGCAUCUGGAUCAUCUGAUGGCAGUAUACGUGUCUGGGAUGUUCGAAUGGUGGCUAGAGAGAAACCACUAGCUGAAUAUAACACACGGUCAAGAUUGACAUGCCUUGCUGGAACAAGUCUGAGAUUCCGACGGCAAAAGCCCCAGGAUGGGAGUAAAUCAAAGAUAGUCAAACGACAAAGACUCGAGGCUGGAAAGAAUGCAAAGGCAGAUGAUGAAACGAAAGAAGGUUAAUCAAUAGCUUUGAAGAUGACAUAUUUGACAAAAGGUGAUUUUAUAUCACUUGCAGAAUUUUGAUCCUGCUACACUCUGCAUUCCUUUGUUACACCCAAAUGCUAAUUUAGCUGUGAAUGGGUACUUCACGAUGACAUAUCAACAAUUUUCUAUCAUGCAUGUAUAAUUUUUAUUCAAUAUAAAAUUUAUUAUCGACACUUC